CCUAACUAAACAAAAAAAAAAAUCAAAUUAUAUCAGAAGGAAAAAAAGAAAAGAAAAAAAAAGAGAGAAGUCAUCAGAUCCCUAAAAAUCGAACCCGAACCGACUAUGGCCUUUCACGUAGCUUGUCCAAUUACAUGCCGUAAAAUUUGCGACUGCUUGUUGGGGUUUCGUCAGAGUCGUGAAGCCAAGGAUUUGUUCCUCAACCAGAUUCAUUCUCUCCAGCACUUGUUGCCUGCCCCCUGGGAUGAUGCUGCAGUUCCAAAGGGAGCUACCGUUCAGAUCCAUGUGCCUAAGCUCCCUCUCCCCGAUGAUGAUUCGGCAAAGGAGGUUGCUGCUUCUGCCUUAUCGGUUUCGAGGCAAGUCAGCAGACACACCGUGGUGCUUAAGAAGGCAGUUGAGCAUCAUUCAGCUCCUGACGACUUUGAGAUGGCGGUCAGUGAGCUCAACGAAGGAGAUCACGGCACUGACAGUGCAAGUGUUACGUGUCCCAUGUGCUAUAUCGUUGAAGUUGGGAAGAGUGUGAGAGCCAAGAUGCUUUCUUGCAAAUGUUGUGGCAACAAGUAUCAUAGAAACUGCUUGAAGUCUUGGGCUCAACAUAGAGAUUUGUUUAACUGGAGCUCGUGGGCUUGCCCAUCUUGCCGAACCUGUGAGGCCUGUGGAACUUCAGAGGAUCCUAAGAAGUUGAUGUUCUGCAAAAGAUGUGAUGAUGCCUAUCAUUGUGAUUGCCAACAGCCUCGACACAAGACUGUUAGUUCUGGACCCUAUCUGUGUCCUAAACACACCAAAUGUUACAGCUGUGGGUCCAAAGUCCCUGGGAAUGGCCAGAGCUUACGGUGGUUUUUGGGGCACACUUGUUGCGAUGCUUGUGGAAGGCUGUUUAACAAGGGAAAUUAUUGUCCUGUAUGUUUGAAGGUUUACAGGGACUCGGAAGCAACACCAAUGGUGUGUUGUGACUUUUGCCAGCGCUGGGUCCACUGCUCGUGUGACGGAAUCAGCGAGGAGAAAUAUAUGCAGUUUCAAGUGGACGGGAAUCUUCAGUACAAGUGUUCUACUUGUCGCGGAGAAAGCUACCAGGUCAAGGAUCUUGAGGAUGCUGUACAGGAAAUCUGGAAACGAAAAGAUAUUGAGGAUAAAGAGCUAAUUGCUAGCCUGAGAGCUAGUGCACGAGUCGUAGGGCAAACUGGUACCGCCCCUGUUAUCAAUCAGCCUGGGUCUGUCGAAAGAGAAGUUGCUGAAAAAGCUAUGGUCAGUGGUGAAGAAGAGAAGCCACUGAGAGUUCUCAGGAUAAAAAGUAGCAGGCCUCAAGAUUCAGAUAGCGAGAAACUCGGAAAACACUCUAAAGAGCUGAGCCCUGCGAAGACGAAAAAAUUGGUUAUAAGCAUAGGCCCUAGAAAGGCAGGGGUUACAAAACCGAUGAGCUGCGAUUCCUCAAAGCUUGCCUCCAAAUCCAACGGGAAGCAUGUGAGAGUACAAUCAGAAGAAACGGCUUCCCAAGAAGAGCAGCAACGGAGCUUAUUGAGAAAGAGUAGUGAAGAAAAGAGAGGGUCUCAAGUUGAGGUAGGCACUUCAAAGGGUGAGCGCGGAGGAGAUUCAAAGGGUGAGCGCGGAGGAGAUUCAAAUGGUGGCCAACAAGAGUUGCAGAAAGAUUCAAGAAGGCUGCUGAAACUGAAAAUAAAAACGCAUAAUCCGGAGAGCCAAGAACGUGAAGCCCCUAGAAUUGUGUAUGAAAGAAGCAAAUCCGGUAAAGGACAUAGGUCCAAGAGAAAGAGAGCAUCACCUCCAGCAGAAAAAUCAGCUUUCAAUGAAGAUGAAGAUGUGUCACUGUCACGUGAAGACAGUUUGUUAGACGAGAUGCUGGAUGCUAGUUGGAUUCUGAAGAAGUUGGGGAAGGAUGCAAAAGGAAAACAGGUUCAAAUACACGAGGCCUCGGAUAAUACAUGGGAGAAAGGGGUGGUAAGUGAAGUAGGAGGAGGAGGGACAUCAAAGUUGAUGGUGACGCUUGGGAAUGGAAAGGUGAAGACGGUGGAGCUAGGAAAGCAAGGGGUUAGAUUUGUUGCUCAGAAGCAAAAGAGGACAAAGACAUGAGAAGCUUUGAGCAUCAUCCAACAUAUGGAACAAGAUGAGCAGAAGACUUCGAGGAGGGGUUGGUAGGUGAAGCAGUGCUAGCUUCUUUAUCAUCGAUGCCUUUAGAUUAGGCCUACUUUAGAUGUUGUAUGUAAAAUAUAUACAUUUCUGAAACAAAUUUAGCUUUUGAAAAUUUAAGAAAGGGUUAACAACAGCUGAAUGAAAUAAGAGAUUCUAAGAAUUUUAAAAGAGAAAA